ACAAAUAAUUAAUACUUAACGAUCAUGACUAAAUUAGAUAAAAAGAACAAAAAAGUUGUUCAACCAUUAGAUUUAGAUAAUUGUCAAACUUUAGAACAUUUAAUGCCAGUUCCAAAAUCAAGAUCAUCAUCAAUUAUCUCGAUCGAAUCUGAAGAUAAAUCUGAAAUUAAAACGAUGUUAGCUCCUCCAGCAAGACGUGAUUUUGAUGAUUUGUUUUCUUUUGAAAGUUUUAUUAGAGAUGAAACUUGGGAUAAUGAAUUUGAUUAUUAUCAUGCUCAUUUACAAUAUUAUCCUCCAUUUGUUUUAAAAGAAUGUCGUGAUAAUUUAGAUAAAAUUAAACCAACCAUGAAUAAAAAUAAUAAACGUUUUAAAAGACAUUUACAACAUCAUAUUAAUAAACAUUUAAUUAAAGAUAUUGAAAAAUGUUGUGGUUAUAAAUUAAAUUUAGAAAAGGCUGAAAUUAUUGAUACUCCAAAAUCAGUCACUUGGAAAUUUAAAGAUUUAUCCGAUCAUGGAUUCACUCAAGAAGAAGAAGAUUUAUUUGAUAGACAUUGGAAAUUAGAAUUGGAAAUUAGUUGUAAUAAUGAAAAUGCCAUGGUUGAAGUUGAUUAUAAGUCAGUACCAUUGGUUUAAAAAAGAUGAUAUAUUCAUUAUUAUUUUAUUUCUUUUCCUGUUUUAUAGUUUGCUACCCACUUUUAUGCCGUUGCAACUAAUUAUUCCUCCUCUAAUUCAAUUUAAAUCCAAUGAUAAGUCUCCCUUGUUUUGUGUCUCCUCCUUAUAGACGUCAUUAGAUAAUGCCCCCCCCUUCUUAUGUUGUUAUGAAACCUUUACGUUUUAUGAAACCUUUAUGAAAUAUACGAUUUACGAUUCUCUGAAAU